AUGGGCGGCCAAGGAGGAGAAGGCAAAGAUGACAAGGACAAGAAGGCUCAACAGAAGGAGAAGCCAAAGUACGAACCACCGCCACAGCCAACCACACGUAUCGGGCGAAAGAAGCGUAAGCAACAAGGUCCAAAUGCCUCUGCCAAACUACCAUCCAUUUAUCCGACUUCAAGAUGCAAGUUAAAAUACCUUCGCAUGCAGCGCGUGCAUGACCAUCUCUUGCUUGAAGAGGAGUACGUGGAGAAUCAAGAACGUAUUCGCAAAUCCAAGGCCCAGGCUUCGUCAACUCAGCCGUCGACGGACGAUAACAACAGUGCUCUGGACAGAAAUGCGGAUGAGCGAGGCCGGGUGGACGAUAUGAGAGGCAGCCCCAUGGGGGUGGGAAACCUGGAGGAGAUGAUCGACGAUGACCAUGCGAUUGUUUCCAGCGCGACAGGGCCGGAAUAUUACGUCUCUAUAAUGUCCUUUGUCGAUAAGGACCUGCUAGAACCGGGAGCCAGUAUUCUACUUCAUCACAAGUCAGUCUCGGUCGUUGGUGUUCUCACGGACGAUGCCGAUCCGCUUGUCUCCGUUAUGAAGCUGGAGAAGGCGCCCACGGAGUCGUACGCAGAUAUAGGUGGUCUAGAAUCACAGAUCCAAGAAGUGAGAGAAGCUGUCGAGCUGCCAUUACUUCACCCAGAACUCUAUGAAGAGAUGGGAAUCAAACCCCCAAAGGGUGUCAUUUUAUACGGUGGACCGGGAACAGGAAAAACUCUUCUUGCUAAAGCUGUUGCCAACCAAACGAGCGCUACUUUCCUGCGAAUCGUCGGUAGUGAACUUAUUCAGAAGUAUCUCGGUGACGGACCCCGCCUUGUCCGCCAGAUCUUCCAGGUCGCUGCUGAACAUGCCCCAUCCAUCGUUUUCAUUGACGAGAUUGAUGCAAUUGGUACGAAACGUUACGACUCUACUUCUGGCGGUGAGCGAGAAAUUCAGCGUACUAUGCUUGAACUUCUCAACCAGCUUGAUGGUUUCGAUGAUAGAGGUGAUGUUAAAGUCAUCAUGGCCACGAAUAAGAUCGAGUCCUUGGACCCUGCACUUAUCCGUCCCGGCCGUAUUGACAGAAAGAUUCUCUUUGAGAACCCUGACCAAAAUACCAAGAAAAAGAUCUUCACCCUCCAUACUUCCAAAAUGUCUUUAAGCGAAGACGUCGAACUCGAUGAAUUCAUCACUCAGAAGGACGAUCUCUCUGGCGCAGAUAUCAAAGCCAUAUGUUCUGAGGCAGGUCUUAUGGCCCUUCGUGAACGCCGUAUGCGUGUACAAAUGGCAGAUUUCAGGGCAGCUAGGGAACGUGUCAUGAAGACCAAGCAAGAAAACGAGCCCGAGGGACUUUACUUGUAG